AUCAGUCCAAGGACAUUACUCUGGAGGCGAAGAGGCUGGAAUUUGCGCGGCGAGCGGCGAGGACCGAGCCUGCCUACUGCCCGCUGUCCGCCCGCCGGCCGCUAGCCGGUUCCGCCACUUGGCGCAGCCCAGCCGGGAGGACGGUACCCAGGGAGUCUCCUGGCCCCGCGGUUCCGUGCUCUCGGGGAGAGGAGGGGUGCCCGGGACUGGAUUGGCAAACUCCGCCCUCCACUUAUUAUUUUGCUUAUUUUUCUUUGUGCGCGCCUGUUAGUUUGUUAAACCAGAUCUAGUCCCAGAGUCUUUUCUCCUCCCUCCUCCUGCCCCCCUCCCCCCGUCCUAUCCCCCUCCCCUCCUCCUUCUUCCCCUCCUCCCUCCUAUCCCUCUGCAGGAGAUUCUCGCAGCGACGGAAAGUUGCAGCCCCUGGUAGCUCCUUGGGGGUCUCCUGGCAGUGUCCAACCGCCGCCACCCCUCUCCGACUGCGGCACUUCGGAGAUCUCCUCCUUCGCCCGUACCCUCUCUCUCACUUCAGCCGGAUCGCCUGUGCCCAGAACGCCCCACCCAUGACGAUGCUCCUGGACGGAGGCCCGCAGUUCCCCGGGCUGGGAGUGGGCAGCUUCGGCGCGCCGCGCCACCACGAGAUGCCCAACCGCGAGCCGGCGGGCAUGGGGCUGAAUCCCUUCGGGGACUCAACCCACGCCGCCGCCGCUGCCGCCGCCGCCUUCAAGCUGAGCCCGGCUGCGGCGCACGAUCUGUCUUCGGGCCAGACCUCGGCGUUCACGCCGCAGGGUUCGGGCUACGCCAACGCCCUGGGCCACCAUCACCACCACCAUCAUCAUCAUCACCACGCCAGCCAGGUGCCCAGCUACGGCGGCGCUGCCUCCGCCGCCUUCAACUCCACGCGCGACUUUCUGUUCCGUCAGCGCGGCUCCGGGCUUAGCGAGGCGGCCUCGGGUGGCGGGCAGCACGGGCUCUUCGCUGGCUCGGCCAGCAGCCUACACGCUCCAGCUGGCAUUCCGGAGCCCCCCGGCUACUUGCUCUUUCCCGGGCUGCAUGAGCAGGGCGCCGGGCACCCGUCGCCCACAGGGCACGUGGACAACAACCAGGUCCACCUGGGGCUGCGUGGGGAGCUGUUCGGCCGUGCUGACCCAUACCGCCCGGUGGCCAGCCCGCGCACGGACCCCUACGCGGCCGGCGCGCAGUUCCCUAACUACAGCCCCAUGAACAUGAACAUGGGCGUGAACGUGGCGGCCCACCACGGGCCCGGCGCCUUCUUCCGUUAUAUGCGGCAGCCCAUUAAGCAGGAGCUGUCGUGCAAGUGGAUCGACGAGGCUCAGCUGAGCCGGCCCAAGAAGAGCUGCGACCGGACCUUCAGCACCAUGCACGAGCUGGUGACGCAUGUCACCAUGGAGCAUGUGGGGGGCCCGGAGCAGAACAACCACGUCUGCUACUGGGAGGAGUGCCCCCGCGAGGGCAAGUCCUUCAAGGCGAAGUACAAACUGGUCAACCACAUCCGAGUGCACACGGGCGAGAAGCCCUUCCCAUGCCCCUUCCCGGGCUGCGGGAAGAUCUUUGCCCGCUCUGAGAACCUCAAGAUCCACAAGAGGACCCACACAGGUGAGAAACCUUUCAAAUGUGAAUUUGAAGGCUGUGACAGACGCUUUGCCAACAGCAGCGACCGCAAGAAGCACAUGCAUGUGCACACUUCAGACAAGCCCUAUAUCUGCAAAGUGUGCGACAAGUCCUACACGCACCCGAGCUCCCUGCGCAAACACAUGAAGGUUCAUGAAUCUCAAGGGUCAGAUUCCUCCCCUGCUGCCAGUUCAGGCUAUGAAUCUUCCACUCCACCCGCUCUAGCUUCUGCAAACAGUAAAGAUACCACUAAAACCCCUUCUGCAGUUCAAACUAGCACCAGCCACAACCCUGGACUUCCUCCUAAUUUUAACGAAUGGUACGUCUGAGGACAAACACAAACACACACCCUGUUAACCAUAGAAUGGACCAAAUGCUUUCUAAAAAGAAAACUGAGAUCAAUCAGAUGGAAAUGGAGUUUUAAGGCAAGAGGCCAUAUGUAGGGCUACAUCUUGUUAAUUGCAAUUGCCCAGGAAGGUUUUGGGCAAGAUCCAAAAGUAGCCAUGCCCUUUUCUCAGGAUUAGAAAAUUUGUUUUGGCAUUUGAGGGAUUUUUUACAAAAUCUUUUCACUGCGUUCUCUUCCCCUUCCUCUUGCUGUCUGCACACCCCAUUUCUAAACUCCUGCAAUUCAUUUUAACACUUGUCCUGUUUCUUGAGAGGAAGUUAUAGAAGGCUUGGUGGUGGUGGUGAUGUUAAACUGAUGGAAAUUCUUUUUCGCCUUAGUGGUGAUUGUUUAAACUCUCACAGUCUUAAACCGUGCCAAAGUCCUGUUAUGUCUUGAACUUUUCCUCAAAGCAUUACACUUGUGAAUGUAUUUUUGUCUAAUGGGGUCGAAACUGUUGUUCAGUAUUUUUUCAGGCUGAGGAUGUGAUGUUACUCUACACAGAUUGUGACGUUUAGUAUACAGUUGCCUUUUGUAAUAACUUUUUUUUUUGUAAAUACAUAUCCAUGGAUGCCAUAUUUAUCGUUUGUAAUUUAAUUAUUGCUACAAGUGCCGGGAACUGAACAAUAUUUAUGGAUAAAUGUUUUCUAACAAAUUCUGUACAGCUUUUGAUUAUAACUGCUUUAGCAUUAAAAAUUUAUUGUUUUGAAAGAAGAACACAAUUUACAAUUUU